AUGUCGCUGCGCUUGGGACUGUGUCUUUUGGGGCUACUUGGCCUGGCUAUCCCAUCGGAAUGCGCCUCCAUUAGCGCCCACAUCGUGGGUGGCGAUCAGGCGGACAUCGCGGACUUUCCCUACCAGGUUUCCGUUCGCCUGGAGACCUACAUGCUGCUCCACAUCUGCGGCGGAAGUAUCUACGCCCCCCGCGUUGUGAUCACCGCCGCCCACUGCAUCAAGGGACGCUAUGCCUCGUACAUCCGGAUCGUGGCUGGUCAGAACUCGAUUGCCGAUCUGGAGGAGCAGGGCGUGAAGGUCAGCAAGCUGAUCCCGCAUGCCGGCUACAAUAAGAAGACGUAUGUGAACGAUAUCGGUCUGAUCAUCACUCGGGAGCCGUUGGAGUACUCGCCCCUGGUGCAACCCAUUGCCGUGGCCCUGGAGGCGCCUCCGUCGGGAGCCCAUGCCGUUGUGAGUGGCUGGGGCAAGCGGACCGAGGAGGACGAGGCUCUGCCCGCCAUGCUGCGCGCCGUUGAGCUAGAGAUCGUGGAGAGGAACACCUGUGGCGCCCAGUAUCUGACCAAGGACUACACAGUCACCGAUGAGAUGCUCUGCGCCGGCUAUCUAGAGGGUGGCAAGGACACCUGCAACGGCGAUUCCGGUGGCCCUCUGGCCGUCGACGGAGUGCUCGUGGGCAUCGUGUCCUGGGGCGUGGGAUGCGGCAGGGAAGGAUUCCCUGGCGUGUACACCAGCGUGAACUCCCACACCGCCUGGAUCGAGGAGCAGGCGGAUGCCUAUCUCUAAGAAUGUUGAAGAAUUUAAAAGCUGAACGCGAACAAAAUUAAUCGAACAAAUUAUUACCUUAGCUUUAUAUUAAUAAAUACAAAUUGAGCAUGUGUAAAA